AUGUCAGUGACAGCAGGUGUUAGUGAUACGGUAAUAGCCGUAAGGGAUAAGCUUAGAGGUAAAAUUGGCCAAACGAAAGUGAAGCGUUAUUGGCCUGGUAAAGUUCCUGAAUGGGCUGAUGAGGAGAAUGAAGAUGGUUCUGGUGAUAUUAGAUCCACCAGGGAAGCUGCUUUGGAUAAAGCGUUUCCUCGUCAUGAAGAAGAUACUGCUAUUGUUAGGAAAGAUGAUCGUAGGCUUCGUAGGUUGGCAGAGAGUCGAAUAGAUAACCGUGAGGAAGUUAGGGCGGAUCAUCGGCGUAUUAGGCAGGCUGAAAUUGUUUCUACUAUUGAAGAGGAGGCGAGGAGGCAGGAGGGAUUGGAUUUGGAAGAACAAGAUGAGGAUGCUAUGGCAGAGAGAAGGAGAAUGCUUAAGGAGAAGUUGCUUCAGAGGGAGCAAGAGGAGGCUCUUCCCCAGGAAGAGGAAGAGGAGGAGGAGGAAGAAGAGGAGGAAGAGGAAUCUGAAUAUGAGACAGAUUCUGAUGAGGAAUAUACGGGAGUAGCUAUGGUGAAGCCUGUGUUUGUUCCUAAGUCGGAGAGAGAUACCAUUGCGGAGCGUGAGCGUCUUGAAGCUGAAGAGGAGGCUCUUGAGGAAGGAAGGAAAAGGAGAUUGGAGCAAAGGAGAAUUGAGACGAAGCAGAUUGUUGUUGAGGAGAUUCGGAAGGAUGAGGAAAUCCAGAAAAAUGUUGAAUUGGAGGCAAAUAUUGCUGAUGUGGACACUGAUGAUGAAAUCAACGAGGCAGAAGAAUACGAAGCUUGGAAAGUGAGAGAGAUCGGUAGGAUCAAGAGGGAUAGAGAGGAUCGGGAGGCUCUUUUGAAGGAAAAAGAAGAGGUUGAGAGGGUGAGGAACAUGACAGAGGAAGAAAGGAGAGAGUGGGAAAGGAAGAAUCCAAAACCUUCUCAAUCGUCAAAGCAGAAAUGGAGAUUUAUGCAGAAAUACUAUCACAAGGGUGCUUUCUUCCAGUCUAAUUCUGAUGACCGAGCUGCCACCGCUGGCACUGACAAUAUUUUCACACGUGAUUUCUCAGCCCCAACCGGGGAAGAUAAAAUGGACAAGACAAUAUUACCUAAGGUUAUGCAAGUCAAGCACUUUGGUCGUAGUGGAAGAACUAAAUGGUCACAUCUGGUCAAUGAAGACACUACUGAUUGGAACAACCCGUGGACUUACAAUGAUCCACUACGUGCAAAGUAUAACGAGAGAAUGGCAGCAAUGAAUGCACCUAUAGCGAAGCCUAAAGGAAGCAAAAAAUUGAAGGAUUGGGAGUCUCGGUGA